GGGGUGGGGUUGCACUAAUACCAAAAAAAUAGAAAGCAAAACAAUCAGGGAGUGAAGCUCAAAACUAGACACUCAAGUGAAAAUUAAAGGAGAAGAGAAGAACACACAAUCCUGAAAGAUGGGAGAGAUGGCAGAUCCAAUCCAGUUAAAAGAUGAGGGAAACAAGCAUUUCCAAGCCGGUGAGGUGGACAAGGCCAUUGAGUGCUACACAAAAGCCACCAAGUUGUGCAAAGACAAAAAGGUGCUCGCUGUCAUCUACAGGAACAGAUCAGCCUGCUUCCUGAAAAAGGAAAGCUACACCAAUGCAGCCUCUGAUGCCUCCAAAGCCAUUGACGUGGAUGCAGCAGACGUCAAAGCCCUGUUCCGGCGGUGCCAGGCUCUGGAGAAGCUGGACAAGCUGGACAUGGCCUUCAAAGACGUCCAGAGGUGUUCCACCAUCGAGCCCAAAAACAAGACCUUCCUGGAGACCCUCAGGAGGCUGGGGGCGGAGAUCCAAGCCAAGCUGAAGACAACCUUCUCCACAGACUCACGGGUCCAGAACAUGUUUGACAUUCUGCUUGAUGAGGAGAUGGACAAGGACAAGAAGGAAAAGGCUGCUAACAACCUGGUGGUUCUGGCCAGAGAAGAUGCUGGCGCAGAGAGAAUCUUCCAGAACAACGGAGUGCCUCUGCUGCUGGAUAUGCUUGAGACCGGAAAAGUAGAGAUGGUCCUGGCCGCUAUCCGUACCUUCGCGGGAAUGUGCACUGGACACAAAGCACGGACCAUGGCCAUUAUCCACCUGGUGGGCAUUGACAAGCUGUGCAGCAUCAUGGCUGUCGACAAUGAGGACAUCGCCUUGGCAACUUCCGACCUGUUCCAGUGCAUCAACGACUCCCUCACCGGAGGAGACCGGAGGAUUUAUGGGAAGGAGGAAGCCCUGGUUUUGGAUGCAAGCAAAGACUUGAAGAGCAUCCUGAUGGCCCUGCUGGAGAUGGUUGCCAGUAAGAAGGUUUCAGGACACGGCAGAGACCAGGCCCUGAACCUGCUGUGCAGGAACGUGCCUCGCAAGGACAAGAAAGACCAUGACCACUCCAAGAGCCUCUUCACCAUCGACCAUGGUCUGAAGAAAAUCCUGAAGGUGUGUGGCCAGAUACCUGACCUCCCAGACCAGCUGCCCAUGACGGAGAACACUCAGCUCAUCGCCAGCGUGUUGCUUGACAAGCUCUGGGACGACCUGCGCUGCGACCCCGAGAGAGACCACUACAGGGAAGUCUGUGACGAGUACAUCAAAGGCAAGUUUGACCCCAACGACAUGGACAGGAACAUCCACGCCAUCAACGCUCUGUCAGGCCUGCUGCAGGGGCCAUUUGAGGUUGGCAACCAGCUGGUGGGUCGCCAGGGCAUCAUGGAGAUGAUGGUGGCGCUGUGCGGCUCUGAGCGUGAGGUGGACCAGAUGGUCGCCGUGGAAGCGCUGAUCCACUCCUCGACGAAGAUGAGCCGCGCCUCCUUCAUCAUCACCAACGGCGUGUCGCUGCUCAAAGACAUCUACAAGAAGACGAAGAACGAGAAGAUCAAGAUCCGUGCGCUGGUGGGUCUGUGUAAGCUGGGCUCAGCAGGUGGAGAUGACUAUAGUAUGAGGCAGUUUGCUGAGGGCUCCACUGAGAAACUGGCCAAGCAGUGCAGGAAGUGGCUGUGUAACUCUGCCAUGGACACGAAGACCAGGAAGUGGGCUAUAGAAGGUCUGGCCUAUCUGACCCAAGACGCUGAUGUAAAGGAUGACUUUGUUGAGGACGAGCCUGCCAUGAAAGCCAUGUUUGAACUGGCCAAGUCUAAAGAUAAGACCAUCCUAUAUGCUGUGGCCUGUACCCUGGUCAACUGCACCAACAGCUAUGAGAAGAAAGAGAUCAUGCCUGAGCUGGUUCAGCUGGCCAAGUUCUCCAAGCAGCACGUCCCAGAGCAGCACCCCAAGGACAAGAAGGAUUUCAUCCAGAAGAGAGUGAAGAGGAUGCUAAAGGCAGGGGUCAUCUCAGCUCUCACUGUCAUGGUGAAAGCUGACAACCUUCUCCUGACUGACCAGACCAAAGAGAUGCUGGCAAGGGUGUUCCUUGCCUUGGCAGAUGAUGCCAAAGACCGUGGCAUGAUUUGCGCCCAUGGAGGGGGCAAGGCUCUGAUCCCAUUGGCUCUGGAGGGAUCAGCUAUAGGGAAAAUAAGGGCCUCCCACGCCCUGGCCAAGAUCGCUGCUGUGUCCAACCCAGAGAUUGCCUUCCCAGGAGAGAGGAUCUAUGAGGUGGUGCGUCCUCUGGUCAGCCUGUUGCACCCUGAGAGAGACGGGGUGCAGAACUACGAGGCACUUCUGAGUCUCACCAACUUGGCUGGUCUCAACGACAAACUGAGAGUGAAGAUCCUGAAAGAGAAGGCUCUCCCUGAGAUUGAGCAGUACAUGUUUGAAGACCAUGAUCAUAUCAGACAGGCAGCCACAGAGUGCAUGUGCAACCUGGUGACAUGCAAAGAGGUGCAGGAUCGGUACCUGGAGGAUGGGAAUGAUAGGCUGAAGCUGCUGGUGCUGAUGUGUGCUGAGGACGAUGAAAAGCUCCAGAGAGCUGCAGCCGGAGCACUGGCCAUGCUCACUGCCGCCCAGAAGAAACUGUGCACCAAGAUGACCCUGGUGACUUUGCAGUGGAUGGAGAUCCUUCAGAGGCUCAUUCUCCAUGACCAGCCCCAGAUCCAGCACAGAGGCCUGGUGAUCGUGUACAACAUACUGAACUCGGACGACAACGAGCUGGCCAAGAAGCUGAUCGAGAGCGAGAUCCUGGAGAUCCUGACAGUGAUUGGCAAAGCAAUGGACAACCCCAAGAGGCAGCUUGUGAUCGAUGUGGCACGCACCUGCCUGGUCAAGGCCAUGGACCUCGGCCUCAUCAAGCCAUUCACAACCCCUUCUUAAAGCAGUGUUUCUUAAGCUUUUUAUAGUACUACGGACUGGCUUGCAAUGGACCUACUCCCUUAAAGGCGCAACCCAAUCAACCAGAAACAAAUCACACAGAAAUAAGAACAUGUAUGACAGUUCCAUUUUAGUCCAAUGAGUGUGUAUAUUUGGUGGGUACACUUGCAAACGCCCAUACCCCUCACUGCCCACAGUCUUCCCAAAGUGUCAGGCCAACACUUGUUACAGUACAUUGGACUUACAGUUUGUGCCUUUUAAUGAAAACUGCAACGUGUGAGCUAAUUACAGUCUGCCUAACUUGCUGAUCAGAUACACCCCACAGAUUGAGGUCCAGAGACUGAAGAUUGAGAAACUCUGUGUUGAGUGUGGGCCAAUGGACAGGGAGGCCAGGAGAUGGGACUGAUGGUGCACCUGAACAGCCACCUAUCAUGAAAUCAGAGACAGUACAAAUGAAUCUCUUGAGAUAUUUUAUUUCGAAUUUUCAGAAAGAAAACACCACGUGAACGUUUAACCAUUUAUUAGAAAAGAUAACAAUGCCUGUCUUGGCAUUAGAGCUCUGUCCUGCAGGGUAGCUCACUGCCAGAGCCAAGCGUCAUAUGAAUGUUAUAAUAAAACUAUAGGCAGUGAGCACGAUACGCUAUAUCAAAUCCCCCCGAUGGAAGAAACAGAACCCACAGGUGGAGGCUGGGCUGGUGGUGGGAUAUCAGAAACAGAACCCACAGGUGGAGGCUGGGCUGGUGGUGGGAUAUCAGAAACAGAACCCACAGGUGGAGGCUGGGCUGGUGGUGGGAUAUCAGAAACAGCAAGCAUAGCGAGUAACAGCUAGUUACAGCAGCAAGAGACAUCAGCGCAUGAGAGCGUGUGACAUCCAGCAUUGGGGAAACAUGUGCAGAACUAGUGGACUUCAAUAGACCGCAUGUAAUUAAUGGGAAUCCAACUGGUGCAAUAUCCGCUGAUGCGGUGUCAGCUGAAGCCACCACACUCAUGUUUCCCUUCUGAACCGGCUACACUUUAUAUAGAUUUUUUUGUAAGUUAAAUAGAGUUUAUUUGUGUGGAUAAGAGGUCUUUGUUUAAUGUUAUUUGUAUUUUACACUUAAGGAUAAAGAUGAGAAUUUUGA